GCAGCGUCGGCUUCAUUCGGGCGGAAGAUGGCGAACGUGCAGCUCGAGUACAAGGCAUCUGCCGGGGACUCAGAGCCGCAGAAUCGCCCGGUUCUUAUCGUGGGGCAGCUCGGCAACCUGCAACAGCUCAACUGGGCACAAGUGAAAGGAAAGCUGCAGCCGGUGGUCAGCAAAGAGACAUGGCAAGCAGGCUUAGGUUCUCUCAACCCGAAUCCUACAGAUAGCUGCCCGCUGUAUUUGAGUUCCGCAGCUGUUGCGGCUCUACCUUCACGUGUCAGCCGUCACAACAGCCAUGCGGCUGCCCACUUCCUCACCCGCCUUGUCCGAACAUGCCUUCCCUCUGGAAACAACCGUUGCAUUGUGAUGGUAUGCGAGCCGUCCGAUGUGUUUGCAUCAGCGUGUGCCAUCGCUCGAGCCUUUCCGCUCUUCACCCGUCGCUCGGCCUCAUCUCGCCGUAAGGAGAAAAAACACGUCACUAUUGAGUUUAUCACCGUGGGGCAAGACAAUGGCCCUCUGGAGGUCUCCACGCUCAAGUGUCUAACUAAUGCAGCGGAUGGGGUUCGUCUGGCCGCUCGAAUUGUGGACGCACCGUGCAGCGAGAUGAAUACUGAUGACUUCCUGGAGGAAAUCAAAAUGGUGGGGAAUGAAUUAGGCAUCACUCCUACUAUAAUCCGAGGAGAGGAACUGAAACAAAAAGGGUUUGGAGGUAUCUAUGGAGUUGGGAAAGCCGCCAUUCACCCACCUGCCUUGGCUGUGCUUAGCCACACCCCUACAGGUGCCACACAAACUAUUGCCUGGGUGGGUAAGGGCAUCGUCUAUGACACCGGUGGUCUCAGCAUCAAGGGCAAAACCACUAUGCCAGGAAUGAAGAGAGACUGUGGAGGGGCUGCUGCUAUUCUAGGAGGGUUUAAAGCUACUGUUAAACAGGGCUUUAAGGACAACCUUCAUGCCGUCUUCUGCCUGGCAGAGAACUCAGUGGGGCCCUUGGCCACACGGCCAGAUGAUAUACACACUCUGUACUCUGGAAAGACGGUGGAGAUAAACAAUACAGAUGCAGAAGGGAGGCUGGUGCUGUCUGAUGGUGUUGUGUAUGCAAGCAAAGAUCUCUCUGCAGAUAUCAUACUGGACAUGGCCACGCUGACCGGAGCUCAGGGUAUCUCCACAGGGAAGUACCACGCAGCCGUGAUGACCAACAAUGAGCAGUGGGAGGCAGCGUGUGUCAGGGCUGGACGCAGCAGUGGAGACCUGGCACAUCCUCUGGUCUACUGCCCUGAACUUCACUUCAGUGAAUUCACCUCCGCUGUGGCCGACAUGAAGAACUCUGUGGCGGACCGCGAAAAUGCUCAGAGCUCCUGCGCUGGCCUUUUUAUUGGCUCUCAUCUCGGUUUUGAUUGGCCGGGCAUUUGGGUACAUGUGGAUAUAGCUUCCCCUGUCCAUGCUGGGGAGAGAGCCACUGGGUUCGGUGUGGCUCUUCUCAUGGCUCUGUUUGGCCAGGCGUCUGAGGAUGCCUUACUUAACUCUGUGUCCCCAUUGGGUGUCGCUAUGGCCAAACCUGCCAUAGAGGAGCAGCCGGAGAGAGUCUGCAAGAGGAGGAGACUCAUCUAAAAUAGAUUCACACUGUUCUUAAAUAAAAUGAUACUUGAGGGAAAAUAGUUUAAUAUCAGUCAUGACUUUACAUAUGUACGCACGUUCUGUCCCCACCACCAAAAUUGCAUCUAUUGUACGCACAGAACAUACAUAAAUGAUCCCAUAAAAUCUUCAGAAUUUAAAUGAAGGAAAAAAAUGCUAAAAGAUCUGAAUGCUUUAGAAUGUUCACGUGAUACAACCUUCUUUUGAUGCCAAUUUUGUACGUGUGGUAAAAUUAAUGUGAAUGAUAAAAUCUGAUCUUUUCAAAAUAAAUUGUUAAAAAUG